AUGCCAGCUCACGGAAACUACACGACCGAAAAGGUCCGCUAUCCGUCUCACGGCGAGACGAUUGGUGCGGUUCUCUUCCGACCUAAUGGCGUCGCUAAACCUCCUGGCAUCGUCCUCACCGGACCCUAUUCGUUCAUUAAAGAGCAGGCACCGUAUCAAUAUGGUACUCGUCUGGCCGACGAGGGUUACGCAGCGCUGAUUUUUGACCCGCGCACUGUGGGUGAGAGUACGGGAACCCCGCGGCGACUCGAGAACCCGAAAAUGAAAAAUGAGGACGCCGUCGCCGGGCUCGACUAUCUCGUCUCGCGCGGCGACGUUGACACGUCCAGACUGUUCGUCGUCGGAAUCUGUCAGGGCGGACCUCAGAGUCUCGAUAUUGCGUCGUACGACGACCGAGUCAAAGCCGCCGCCUCAGUCACGGGCUACUACCGUGAUCACGAGACGGACAUUUACAUGGUCAGCGUCGGAUGUGUGGCAUGGAAACCGGGCGUUGACAUCAGCACGCUCAAGAUGCCGACCUCGGAGCAAGGGGAAGCGCUGUUGAAGGCGCGUCUUGAACGAGCUCGGAAAGCCCGAGAGCUGUACGACACUACCGGCGAAGUUGUUUACCAACCCCUAGUCGAUCCAACGGCUGCUGAUCCAGACACCGGGGCUCUAGCGGGUCUUCCGGGCCCCACGGUGUGGGCGUGGUACGGACCGUGGACCUUAAAGGGAUUCGAGAACCGUUAUGCCGUCAUGAGCGACCUCGACCAUUUCUCCUACACCACCGUCCCGGGCGUAGCGAAGCUCAAUAAGCCGGCCUUGCUUAUCCAUGGAGACAAUUGUAUGAAUCCACCAGCAGCUAAGAGACAUUUUGAAUCCAUUCCGGCUGUAAACAAAAAACUUAUCUGGAACAACGAUAUCUCCCACUUUCAGCAUUACGACCAGCCUGAUGUGGUUGACAGAAAUGUAGGCGACAUUGCAAAGUUUUUUGCUGGCGUUUAA